AUGGAAGCCACCAUAGGCUCGGGAGUAAAAGUCCCUCGAAAUUUCCAACUGUUGGAAGAGAUGAAAGAAGGCCAAAAAGGAGUCGGCAAUGGCACAGUUAGCUGGGAUCUAGAGGACGAUGAAUACAAAAAAAGAUGAACAGGGAUGAUAAUUGAGCCUCCAAGAGUGGGUCCAAGGGCCACGGCAGUGCUGGCAAAGUGGCAGAAUUCCCACAGCAUCAAAGUCAUCCUGCAGGAGCUUUGGCGCCUGAUGAUGUCAAAAGAGAACAUGAAACUGCCACAGCUGCCAGAAGGACAGUGUUUCAGCCAUUAG